GGCAACGUCAUUAUAUUCCAAAAACCUAUAGCUACCAUCCAUCAAUUUCCCUCUUCUCACCUCACUCUUACUCUUUCUCUUUGCAUGCACUCUAUUUCCCUUAAUAUAACCAUGAUUACCACUCCAAUUAUUCUCUCACUAUUUUUGUCCUCUCUUCAUAACAUCUUCCCUAGCUAAAAACAACUUCAAAAUAAUCAUAAAUCUCAUCCAUGGCCCCCAACCAACACCAUUCACGUUUUAGUUCUAACAUGCAGAUGCAGCACUACUACUACAACCACACCGACGAUGAUGAUAGCGAAGAUAUCGACAACGAGAUUGUAAUCGACAGCGAUACAGAUGAAGAUGAGUACGACUACGACGAGGAUGAGGAUGAGGAGGAAGAACAAGAAGGUGAAAUCAAAACCAACAAGAACAACAACAAUGUUGUUUUCGGUGGUAAAUCAUUUUCAUUGACCCGGGUACUACUUGACCCGAGAGGAAAAUGGGUUGAAGAAUGGAACCGAAUAUUUCUCUUGGUGUGCGCGAUGGGUUUAUUCGUGGACCCACUAUUUUUCUACACCCUAUCAAUAAGUGACACGUGUAUGUGUCUGUUUGUAGACGGUUGGUUACUCGUUACCGUCACCGUUAUCCGUUGCAUGACGGACGCGUUACAUCUCUGGAACAUUUGGUUACAGUUCUAUAUUCAGAAACGCUCCUCUUUUGGCUUCAUUCAUAACACUCAUCACCAUCAUCAUAAGUCUUCACAUGCUCUUCGUUACUUCAGAGCUAGCAAGGGUUUUUUCUUUGACAUUUUUGUCCUUCUCCCUCUUCCUCAGAUUGUGCUAUGGGUGACUAUUCCAUCUUUGUUAAAGGAAGGAUCAAUUACGAAGGUGAUGAGUGUAUUGUUGAUCAUGUUUGUGUUUCAAUACCUUCCUAAAAUUUAUCACUCAGUAUGCUUUGUGCGUCGCAACCUCUCUGGUUACAUUUUUGGAACUGUUUGGUGGGGAUUUGCUCUCAACAUGAUCGCUUAUUUUGUUGCUUCCCAUGCAGUAGGGGCGUGUUGGUAUUUGUUGGGACUUCAAAGGGCAUCAAAGUGUCUGGAAGAGCAAUGUGUUACAACAAUGGGUUGUGGAUUGAGAACAUUGUGUUGCAAAGAACCUAUAUAUUAUGGAAGCAGUAGCAUGUUGAAGAAAUUAGAGAGAACGAGGUUGAUAUGGGCACAGAACAGAGAAGCAAGGUCUACAUGUUUAGCUAGUGCUGAUAACUAUGACUAUGGAGUUUAUGAAUGGAGUGUUCAACUUGUGACAAAUAAUAGCCGUUUGGAAAAGGUACUCCUCCCAAUCUUUUGGGGCCUAAUGACUCUAAGCACUUUUGGGAACCUCCAGAGCACAACGGAAAGGCUGGAAGUCGUUUUCAUUAUUAUUGUAUUGACUAGUGGCCUCCUUCUUGUCACCAUGCUAAUUGGAAACAUCAAGGUGUUUUUACAUGCUACAACAUCAAAGAAGCAAGCAAUGAAAUUGAAGAUGACGAACAUCGAAUGGUGGAUGAGCAAAAGACGUCUGCCACACGGGCUCAGGCAGCGUGUGCGCAACUAUGAGAGACAGUGUUGGGCCGCGAUGCGCGGAGUUGAUGAAUGUCAGUUGAUCAAAAUUCUACCUGAGGGUUUGAGAAGAGACAUCAAGUACCAUCUUUGUUUGGGUUUGGUGAGACAGGUGCCACUAUUUCAGCAUAUGGAUGACUUGGUGCUAGAGAACAUUUGUGACCGUGUCAAGUCCCUUGUAUUCACAAAGGGAGAAACACUAACAAGAGAGGGAGAGCCAGUUCAAAGAAUGCUAUUUGUAGUAAGGGGUCAUCUUCAAAGUAGUCAAGUCCUAAGAGAUGGAAUAAAAAGUUGUUGCAUGUUAGGGCCAGGAAAUUUUACUGGAGACGAGCUUCUAUCUUGGUGCUUAAGAAGACCUUUUGUACAACGACUUCCAAUAUCAUCAUCAACUUUGGUUACACUUGAAACAUGUGAAGUAUUUGGGCUUGAAGCCGAGGAUGUCAAAUAUGUGACACAACAUUUUAGGUACACAUUUGCAAAGGAAAAUGUUAGGAGAAGUGUAAGAUAUUACUCACCUGGUUGGAGAACUUGGGCUGCUGUGGCAAUUCAGUUGGCUUGGAGAAGGUAUAGACAUAGAUUGACUUUGAGUUCUUUGUCCUUUAUAAGACCUCGGAGACCUCUGUCAAGGUCCACUUCUUUGGAAGAGGACAGGCUUCGCCUUUAUACGGCUUUGUUAACCUCUCCAAAGCCCAAUCAAGAUGAUUUUUCAUAGUCAUGUUUGUGGAAAAUGAGCUCAUGUAGUGUGUGCAAUUUGGUUCUAAAAAUAUUUGAGUAAAUCAAUGAAUCUAGUCAUUCUAUUAGACACAAAUGUAUGAUGAAAAUGAUAACAAUUGAAAAAUAAGGAAGUCUUGUUUCUUAAUUAA